AUGUAUUCUAUUGAUUGGAGAUUAACACAAGUUUUUGGUGGUGAUCGUUCGAUUCAAGAUGAUAUCAGUGACCAAGACACUGUUUCUACAAUAGAAUUUUCUCCUAAUGGAGACUACUUAGCAGCAGGUGAUUAUGGUGGACGAGUUGUAUUGUUUAAGAAGUCAAAAAACGAUGAACUAGGUAAAGUUGAUUUUAAAUUCUGGACAGAAUUUGCAUCACAUGAAAAAGAAUUUGAUUGUCUUAAAAGUUUAGAAAUUGAAGAAAAAAUUAAUGUUGUUAAAUUUGUUCAUCAACCAACUGAUGACUUAACAUUAUUAUUAACUACAAAUGAUAAAACAAUCAAAUUAUGGAAAACGGCAUCAAGAACUAUGUACACUACACAUUAUAAACAUGGCUCUGAAGUUCCUGAAUAUGUCCCUGAUCAACAAACAAUGUUCCCUGAAUUAAAACAAACAUAUGGUAAUUACCAUGGAUAUCCAAUACAUUCAUUAUGUCCAAUGGGUGAUAUGGAAACCUUUUUAUCAGCAGAUUUCUUAAAAGUUAAUUUGUGGAAUUUCGAUUAUUGUGAUUCUUGUUAUAACUUAAUUGAAUGGAAUGUUGAUGAAUCAAAAGAAUUAAUUACUUGUGUAGAAUCAAAAGAACUUAGUGAUCAUAUCUUCAUGUAUGGAUCUUCUACUGGAACAGUACGUUUAUGUGAUAUUAGAGCAACAAAAACUUGUUCAUCUGCAAUUAAAUUUUUUGUUAAUUCUGAUGAUUAUUCCGCUAAUCCACAACGACAAGAAUCAUUCCCUUCUAUUUCAUCAAUCAAAAUGACAAAAGAUGGUAAUACGUUAGUCGUUAGAGACUAUCUCUCUAUUCGUAAAUUUGAUUUACGUAAAUCUGAUGGACCACUUUCUAUUGUUCCAAUUCAUGACCAUCUUAUUUCUAGAUUUUCUGAACUUGAAGCUAACGAUGUUUUAUAUGAUAAAUUUGAUCUUUCAUUAGAUGGUACUAAUCAGUAUUGUGUUACUGGUAGUUAUGAUAGAGAAUUUAUUGUUCAUGACUUAAAGAAUAAACAAACACUACCAUUACUCAGUCAUCGAUUCCAACCUAAAGUUCUUGCUCCAUUACCACAAACUAUUCCUCGUAAUUCUAUUCCAAGUAAUGAACCUCUUUCAACAAAAUUAUUAAUGAAAUAUGCACCAAGAGAUCAUCUUCCAGGAAUGCCAAUUGAUUAUUCAGCUAAAGUGGCAUUAACAAGAUUCCACCCAACAGAAAAUCUUAUUGCAACAGCUGUUAGUAAUAAUCUUUAUAUUUUCAAUGGUUAUUAUACAAUGGGAUAA